AUCGAAGAGAGAGAAAGCAAACUUCUUUUUCUCUGUGGAAAAGAGAGGAGAGAGAAUUUCCAUUGAAAUUGGCCAUUGGCGAAAAGGGUAUCCAAAUUUUCAUUGCAUUGCAUUGCAUUGCUCGGUGUUGAGAUUCGAUCAAAUUCCCUUCACCUCCUUCAUCUUUUUCGAUCUUUAUCUCUUCUCGCUCUCACCAUCUUUCUCUAUAACAAUUUUUGUUUCAAAAAUAGAACUUUCUGGUUGUCGGUUCUUGAAAAUCUUCAAAUUCUGUUCUGCAAAAGAUCAAUUUUUGAAUCUGACCCACGAUUAUUUGCCUCAAAUUGAAUUCUGGGUCGGUUUCAAUUUCUCCAAUAUGGCACAUUGUGAUUCACUUUGGCGCGUUGUUUGUGCCCGAGGUAGGGCUCAUGGGGUUCUGAAUUUACAAUGUUUGAACUUUGGAUGAAGUGGCAAUGUGGUUUGUGGUUGAGAAAUGGAGGUUAGAUCAGAGGGUAUACAAGUGAAGUGUGAUAAACUUCAGGGUCCUGUCAUUCCGAGGACGCGUUUGCGGAUUUGGUUCAUUCGUGUGUGUUCAAGCAUUGUGUUGUGGACGUGUCUGGUUCAGCUAGUGACAGUGAGUGAACUAUGGCAUUCUCAUUUGAUUUCUGGGAUUACUAGUGGUAUAUAUCACAUAGCUCAAAUUCAACUGCCAAAACAAGUGGAUAAUGGAGUUGCUCAAGUGCCUCCUACUUAUCUUCCCCCAAGAAAUUAUACAAGUAAUGGCUUUCUAAGAAUUUCCUGUAAUGGGGGCUUGAAUCAAAUGCGUGCUGCGAUCUGUGACAUGGUAACAGUUGCUCGACUUUUGAAUCUCACAUUGGUUGUGCCAGAGCUUGAUAAGACAUCAUUUUGGGCAGACCCUAGUAAUUUCGAGGACAUUUUUGACUUGAAGCAUUUUAUUGAUUCUUUAAGAGAUGAAGUUAGAAUAGUGAAAAGAGUGCCCAAAAAGUUUAGUAGCAAACAUGGAUACUCUACCCUGGAGAUGCCUCCUGUUAGCUGGUCAAAUGAAAAAUAUUACUUGGAACAGAUUCUGCCACUUUUUGCAAAGCAUAAGGUGUUACACUUCAACAAAACUGAUACACGUCUAGCAAACAAUGGUCUCCCACUUGAUCUACAGAAACUCAGGUGUCGGGUCAAUUACCAAGCACUCAAAUUCACUCCUCAAAUUGAGAAUUUGGGGCACAAAUUGAUUCGGAUGCUUAAUGAGAAGGGACCUUUCGUGGCGUUACAUCUGAGAUACGAGAUGGACAUGUUGGCCUUCUCAGGCUGUACUCAUGGAUGCACUGAUAAAGAAGCUGAGGAGCUCAAGAGAAUGAGGUAUAUGUUUCCUUGGUGGAGAGAAAAGGAGAUAGUUUCUGAAGAGAAGAGAUCACAGGGUCUAUGUCCAUUGACACCAGAGGAGGCGGCCCUCAUUCUGCGAGCCUUGGGUUUUGGCAGGGAAACAUGGAUCUACAUUGCAGCUGGUGAGAUUUAUGGUGGUGAACGUAGACUUGCACAACUCCGAGCUGCAUUUCCACGAAUUGUGAAAAAGGAAAUGUUGCUGACCCGUGAUGAUUUGCAGCAGUUCCAGAAUCAUUCAUCCCAGAUGGCAGCCUUGGAUUUCAUGGUUUCAGUUGCUAGUGACACCUUUGUUCCAACCUAUGAUGGGAACAUGGCAAAGCUUGUAGAGGGUCAUCGCAGGUAUUCUGGUUUUAGAAAAACAAUCUUGCUGGAUCGAAAAAAGCUGGUAGAAUUGCUUGAUAUGCAUCAGAAUGGAACCUUCUCAUGGAAUGAGUUUGCAGAAGGUGUGAGACGGGUUCAUGAAACGAGAAUUGUAAAGCUAACUCGGCGAAGAGUUAUAUUAGACAGGCCAAAGGAGGAGGACUAUUUCUAUGCCAACCCUCAUGAGUGCCUCUGUGAGGAAACAAAUUGUGAUGACUUGCUAGGUCCUCACAACUCUACUCAAGUACCAUGAGUUAGGUUGAUUCUGAAACUCAGAAGCUACUCAUAGAAGCUUCUUCUCAUAAUUGAUUCCGUCUUCAGAAUCAUUUGUAGAAAGGUUGUCAAAAAUGCAUUUGGUUGCUUAGGUGGCUGUGUUAAGGAUCAAGGUUACAGCCAUAAGAUCUGAGAUUUCAGUAUACAAGAAUUUUGUAGGAGGAAAGCAAAAGUAUGAAAAAGAAAAGAAAAAAAAGGAAAGUAUUAUAGCUUCUAUUGUUGUUUGCAAUUUGCAAAAGAUGCCCCUUCAUUGGCCAAUAUUUAUUUGUCCCUUGAAAGUUCAUUUAAUAAAUAUUGGACAAUUCACGUUGGGUAUGCUCAUUAAAAAAUUAAA